AUGUGUGAUGCAAGUGGUGUUUCCUUGGGAGAUGUAUUGGGACAAAAAAGGGACAGAUUGUUUCAUCCAAUAUAUUAUGCCAACAAAGCACUGAAUGGAGAGCAAAAGAAUUACACCAUCAAUGAACAGGAACUUCUGGUUGUGGAUAGAAUAGAAGGUGAACAGGAAGCCAGUGAUGAAACAAAGAUAAAUGAUGCAUUUCCUAAUGAAGAGAUCCUGGCGGCUGUUGUGGAAAAAUUUCCUUGGUACGCGGAUUAUGCAAACUACAUUGGUAUUGAUUUUAUGGGUCUGUUUGUAAGCUCAUAUGGGAUGAAGUAUAUUUUGGUUGUUGCUGACUAUGUCUCUAAGUGGAUCAAAGCUGUGGCCUUGGCAGAUAAUGAAGGAAAGAUGGUUGUUGCUUUUUGCAAAAAGAACAUUUUCUCUCCCUUUAGAGUACCACGUACUAUCAUAAGUGAUGGAGGAUCUCAUUCUUGCAACAAAUUAUUUAGAGCAGCUUUGGAAAAUUAUGGAGUGAAACAACACAAAGUGGGUACCUCAUACCACCCACAAAGCAGUGACAGUGGGCAAGUGGAGGUGUCAAAUCUUGAAGUUAAAUCCAUCCUAGCUAAAACGGUGAAUGCUAAUCGGAAAGACUGGUCUCGAAAGCUGGAUGAUGCAUUGUGGGCUUACCGAACUUCUUUCAAGACACCCAUUGGCAUGUCACUAUUUCAGCUGGUCUAUGAAAAAGCUUGCCACUUGCCAAUAGAGCUGGAACAUAAGGCUUUAUGGGCGCUCAAAAGGUAUGCAGAGAUUAGUUCAACCAUUAUUACCUGUUCAUCCAGAACCGCAGCUCAUUGGCAGAAUGAACGGUCAACAGUACUUGGAAAGAAUAGUUGCUCAGCAGAAGUAGGUUAG